UGUCUGUUGUCAAGUUAAUUGGCCCUGCUUCAGUUUUCUAUAACUGUGUCGGAUGACAACAUGAUUGUUUUUUGGUUCUUUUUCAGUUUUGAUCAUUGGUUUUCAGGCUUAUCAUUGCCGACAAAAUAUUCUCAACUGGGAUUUUUCUUUUCUGGGGGAAGGAUGAACUGAAUUGCAUGUUUUGUUGGUUUGAUUAUGCCGAUUUAAUUGAGAAUUGUGUUGUCUUUGUAACUUCUGAAGUACAUUUUAAGAGUUUCACAGAGAAGGAACCAUGGAAGGGAGGAUGGGACUGUUGUUUCUUGUUGUUGUAUUGGGUGCUGCUUGGGCUUGUGAUGCAAGAGAAGUAGCCAACUUUGAUCAAACGAAAAUUUAUACUGCAAACACUGAACCAAAAGCAAAAUUUGAUAUGUGUGCACUUUGUGAGGAAUAUACUACCAAGGCACUUGAAUAUAUAAAGCAAAACAAGACCGAUCAAGAGAUCAUUGAUACCCUGCACAACACAUGCAGCCAGCUUCACUCUUUCAAGCAGAAGUGCAUUGAUUUGGUGGACUAUUAUACUCCUAUUUUCCUCUCGGAAGUAGCUUCACUCAAGCCUAGAGAAUUCUGCCACGAGAUCAAUAUCUGCCAGCUCGUUGAACAUGUUUCCGUGCAAGUUCAAGAAGAUGCAUGUGGGUUUUGCGAAGAAACUGUUUCAACUCUGCUGGAUAAGUUGAAAGAUAGUGACACUAAGCUAGAGAUAAUUGAGACAUUACUGAAGUUGUGCAAUUCAGUGGAGAAGUAUGCAAAUAAGUGCAAGAGAUUGGUUUUCGACUAUGGACCCUUGGUUUUUGACAAUGCUGAGAAAUUCCUAGAGAAUGUAGAUUUCUGCACUGUAAUACAUGCCUGCAAAUCUUCAGAAGUUGCUAGCGAGCAAGCUUUUCUUUCAGACUCUUAAUUAUAGAAACAAAGCUCUACCAGGUUUAUUGUUCCCUUUAAGAUUUCCACAUACAAUGUAAUAAGGAAGAGGGAGAGUACAAGUUCGAAGCAUUGUCAGUGUAAAGUUUUUAGUACUAGUUUAUCCUGUGUCAGCCAGCACAUUAUUAAAAAAAGUUGAUACUUACUCUGUAGUGGUUGUGGUACUAUAGCAUUUUUAUUAUUUGGCAAUAUGUAAUCUAUGUUUGCAUGCAGUUCUUCAAAAGAAAAUCUUUAUGUAUAUUACGGUAUGUAUGCUAAAAUUCUGAAUGUGACAGUGUAAGUUUCAAAUUGA